AUGGCAGUCAACAACACCGCCAUUCCCGUUUACAAGGAACAAUUCAUCCGCCUAAACCUCGGCCUACGAAGAAUAUUCCCGUGGGUGUUCCUCGUCGCUAAUGUCACGCAGCCGAUGCUCGGGGCGGACGUCUUGCACCACUUCGCCCUUUCUGUUAAUGUCGCCCGUCGUCUGCUCGUGGACGACAGCACCCCCCUCUGUGUCCGAGCCAUCCCCACCAUUCCUUCGCCGCCAUUUGCCAUCCGUGACGUUCGCCACCUCUCUGUGUCGUCGCCUUACGCAGACCUCAUUCACGAGUACCCUUCGCUUCUGCAGCUCCCGGACUGGACGAAGCCCGUGCAUCAUGAUGUUGUUCACCGUAUCGAGACUAAGGGUGCACCCGUGUUCUCACGUCCACGUCCCAUGGCUCCCGAGAAGCUCAAAAUUACGAAGGUUGAGUUUCAACACAUGCUGGACAUCGGCAUCGCACGAUCUUCUUCUGCUAGUUAG